AAGACAACCACUUAAUUGCCUUCUUCAACUUUUUCACCCUAUAUAUAUAUAUAUAGACUCUGCUUUUUUUACGUCCAUUUAUUUCAUUAUUGGUUUACCAAUUAACUAACAUGCAAUACCAAUCCGAUUCACACAACUACUGUCCGUCCUCCGUCCACAGCCUCACAACGGCGGUGGACCCCUUGGAGAGGGUGGUGCGGUUGGCAUCCGGCAGCGCUGUGGUCAUAUUCAGCAUCAGCACCUGCUGCAUGUGCCAUGCUGUUAAAAGUCUUUUUUGUGGAAUGGGAGUCAACCCUACUGUCUAUGAGCUUGACCAAGAUCCUAGAGGCAAAGAAAUCGAGAGGGUCCUCACUAGGCUUCUUGGUGGCGGCUCCGCUGUUCCUGUGGUUUUUAUCGGUGGCAGACUCGUCGGAGCAAUGGACAGAGUCAUGGCUUCACAUAUUAAUGGCACAUUGGUUCCACUUCUUAAGGAAGCUGGAGCACUCUGGCUUUAAUUAAAAAGUUUGAAGCUUCCCCCCUUAUAUAAAAAGCCUACAAGAUCCUUUUUUUUUUUUUUUUAUCAUAUGUUUCCUUUAAG